CGAUGUAAAUCGCUGUCUGGUAAGCAUUUACAGGGGAACCACUGUAAUCUCUGUGUGUAUGGAAACAGCAGUCGCUCUGCUAAGAACAACCCAAAUUAGUGGGUAGUUGUCUAUGCGAAACUCCUUCGAUUAAAUUCGUAUACCAUCUAGUCAACAGUGGUGUUGUAGCAGCUUGUUAAGGAUUUCCAGGAGACCAGCGCUAGCUGGUGCUCUUAGUGCUGAUUUGUCUCGGUGUGUCUGUCUCCUGCUGUAUCAUCGUGGCAUAAAUAGUACGCAUCGAUUGAUACGCAUUUACGUGACGACGUAAACUACGUUUUCUUGCUGUUUUGGUUAGUGAACGAAGUCGUACGCCAGACAAUCCUGGACGAUAAAAGCUAUAGCUACUCAGUUCGUCAUCUUUUUCCACCGGCAGCUGCGAAGACCAAAACAAAGACAAGGUGUCAUCGUUGACGUGGAAUUAUCUUGUCGUCGUUGUUAACAAUUUCAGUGACGAUUAGGCAGCCCCAACAGGGCAGCCAACUUCUCCGGCCUCAUCAUGUACCAGUCACAAGGAGAUGUCGACCAACUCACGCAGACGAUCACGACAAACAUUCGCAAGAUCUCGCAGAAUGUCAACUCUAUGCAGCAGAUGAUUAUGCAACUGCAGUCGGCGCCGUCAUCCGACAAUGAGUCCGUCCGACAGCAAUUGAGUAAAAUGCAAAGUUACACCAAUCAGCUAGCGAAGGACACAAAUAAACUACUCAAAGAGUUGUCGGCCAAUAACUCGGGAGCCAAGAACAAAAUUGUCAAAGAUCGGCUAGCCAGCGAUUUCUCUGAUUCGCUCAAAGCGUUCCAGUCAAUCCAACAUAAAGAGGUAGAUCAGGGUCGCGCAGAGGUUCGGCGAGCCCGUGCAGCCAGUCAGCGUGGCAAUCUCAUCGAGCUUGGAGGUCAGCUGCCACCUCCGCCCAGCACACGGCCUGGGCAGCAGCAGACGCAACAGCAGGCCCAGCCGUCAAGUGGCUACCAACAAAUUCUCAUAAUGAAGGAGGACCCGAAUACGGAAAUAGUGCGUCAAUGGGAAGAACAAGUCAGCGAGCUUGAACAAAACAUAAUUGACGUGAAUGUCAUAUUCAAGGAACUCGCCACAAUGGUCCACGAGCAGGGCGAAGUGAUUGACUCGAUUGAAGCGAGCGUCGAUAGCGCCACCAUCCGGGUGGCCGAGGGGGCCGAACAACUAAGUCAGGCCCGUCAUCACCAGGAGCGUGCACGAAGGAAGCAGAUCUGUCUCAUCGGCUCAGGCAUCAUAGCACUGGCUAUCUUAAUUCUCAUUAUCUACAACUCUGUAAAAUGAUUGGUGAGAGAGAGAAAGCAAGUGAGAGAUUGUCGAUGAGUGAACAAAAUGAAACAGAACGAAGACAACGUGGAACAUCU